AUGCUCAAGCAGCUCAGCAUCCUCGCCCUCGCCGGCCUCGCCACCGCCGCCCCAGGCAAGGCCAAGGUCGUCAACAACUGCAACUUUGAAGUGACGCUGUGGUCCGUCGGCGGCGACAUCUCAGCCCCGCACACGCUCGCAGCCCGCGGCGGCCAGUACUCGGAGCAGUACACGCGUGACCCCAAGACGGGCGGCCGCGCUCUCAAGAUCACGCGCGAGCGCGACGGCCUCUACACCGGCAAGGCCCAGACCAACUUUGCCUACACGCUCGACCCGGGCCAGCUCUGGUACGACCUCUCCGACGUCUUUGGCGACCCCUUUGCGCGCAACCGCGUCCAGGUCGUGUCGUCCAACAGCCAGUGCCAGUCCAUUGUCUGGGCCGACGGCCGCCCGCCCGCCGGCAGCCAGGUCAAGACCUGCACGCGCGAGAGCGACACGACUCUUACUCUGUGCGCUCCGGGACCCAAGUAA